AUGACGGCACGCAACAUGAAUUCAAUUGUGAUGGCUUCGUCCAUUCCCAUCGAUGCGGAGCAGCAGCAGCAGCAGCAGCAAUUGCAUGCGUGUACCACAUCCUCGUCCUCGCCUGGCACCUCGCCGAUGAGCGCAACAAGGCUGCGCCAUUCUCCCGGGGUAGCCGUGCCCACAUCGAGCCAGUCGCCGAUGUCUGUGCACAUACCUGUGGGAGGAGGCGGGACCCACUCAGGUUUUCCAGGCCUGUCGUUAGGCUACGUGCCAUCGGCAGAUGUGGUGCAGUCCUCAAUGAUGGUACCUGCCAUGGAGCUGGCUGCGCGCCAGUACACGCAGCAGCAGUUCUGCGCGGACGCCAUCCGUGGCCGUUCCCCGACUAACUACCGCGCCGCUGGUGGUAUGGCGGGUUUUCGCCCGAUGCCGGCUCUCUCUGUGGAGCGUCUUGGCGAGCCGGUGCUGAUGUCAGGACCUCCGGGCACGGCGGCCUGUGCGGCAAUGGCCAUGAACUUUGUGACUCCGCUCUCUGGCGUGCUUGACUCACCGUCCACGCCGCCGUCGUCUGCCGCCACGCCAGCCAACACGAACUUCUCAAUGAGCGAAUACCCGGGUCUGAUAUCGACAUCGUCCGCACCAACGCCCGUGACGCCGACGGAGCAUAGCAGCACGAACCUGAUACUCUACAACAUUGGCCCCCACAUGACAGAGGUCGCCUUGCACACCUUAUUCGAUCCGUUUGGCGAGGUAGUGAGUUGUGCUGUGAUGCGUGAUAUCCACACAGGUGCAGGCCUGGGCACCGCUUUUGUGCGCUAUUCAGAACACAUGGAUGCGUGCCGCGCACUGGAGGCCUUCGGCGACCGCACGAACCCUGUGUGUGUGCAUGAAGCCAAACCGCUGGUCGUCCAAUGGGCGCGAAAGCAGCACGACGGUGCCCCCGCCGGCGAAGCGCGCAAGAAGAUCAUGAAGCUGUUUGUGCGCAAUGUUCCGCUCGACUGCACGAGGACUGACCUAGAGGAGCUGUUUGGGGCGUUCGGCAGUGUGCGCCAGGUGACGCUCCACAAGGAUACGUCGCCGGUGCAGGAUGAGGCGAUGGUGCGACUGAUUGCGUUUGUGAUCUACACCGAGGAGGGCGCGGCGGAGCGGGCGGCGCGGGAGGUGCACAACACGAAGCCGUUCGCGUCGUGCAACGGCAUCCCCAUCAUGAUCAAGCUGGCCGAAAGCAGUCAGCGGCGACGGUUCAUGAAGAACGCAGAGGCGACUGGGCCGAUUCUAUCGGUAACAGGCCUGAUCGGGUUCCCAGCUGUGCGCACGUCGCCCAUGAUGCCUGGUGUGUCUAGCUCACCGUUCGACAUUGCUGCGGCUGCGCAGCAUCAUCAGCACCUGCAGCCACACCAGCAGCACCCGGCUGUAUCUCAGCAGGGCAUGUUUGAGACUCAUGGCUUUGAAACAUCCCCGUCGUCCUACAUCAUGCCCGUUUUCGAUGGCAGCGCUGCGUACGCGGCGCCAGAUCCUCGCGAGGCAUCGACGGGCAGCCACCAGGGCACGUCGCAACGACUGCAAAUGAGCGUCUCUGGAGGUGGCACUCCGGCUUGUGUGACUCCGCUGGCGUCUAACAUUAUAGGGGGCUCACCGAGUCGGCAUCAUCAGCCAAUACCGACUUACGCUGGUGACAGGGAGGGCCGUGUUAGCCCUCACUCCUCAUCGGUCUCCGCGCCGAUGCUGGCACACUCGUAUCGCCAGGCUGCCUCCCUGUCCUUUGACGCUAACGCUGUCGCCGCCUAUGGUGGCCUCUUGACCCCCUCGAAGUUAAACGACCAGAAUUUGCCUGAUGGGACGGCGGGCGCUGGCAGUGCGGGCGGUUGCCCCAGCGGCAGUUUCUUGUAUUUCAGUAGUCGCCCGAGCGACGGAAAAUUCACGGCCGCCACAGAUGCGUCUAAUGGUGGGUCUCCGCAGGUGCCGGUCAGCGGCCCGUGGUGCGAGACCACUGGCGUUGACACCAAUCAGAGCAUUAACCUUUCGGCGUCGACGCAGCUUACCCGAAAACACAUGGAAGCGAACUGCUCUCCGCCAGUAGCUGGUUCAGCCCCACCCCCAGGACCACUUCGCCUGGGCUCUACCCCGUCAAUGGUAUUCUCCAGCGCACAUGGCAGUCCGCAGCAGAGCACUGGGCCCCAACGCACCUCUCCAACAAGCAUGACUGCACCGGGUGUUGUAGCGACAAACCGCCCUGUGUGCGGUGCUUUUGUGCCGAUAGGUGUUCAAACGAAUGUGGCUCCUCAGUUGUCUACAAGGCUGUCCGUUUCAAGCAGCGGGAGUAUUUCUGACAUGAACUCUACCCCACCCAGCCACAACUUUUGCAGCGGCACCACGCCUAUCACCGGUGCGACGCACAACAUGGAGUCGCCGACGGUGCGCACGGGUGCGUCCGAGUCGUGGCGCCGUGCUGUGCGGACACACGUGCACAACACAAAGCGACAAAAUGAGCGUUUCAAUGUGAGUGGCUCCCCGCCAUCGAUGCCGGCGAUAAGUGCGAGCUGCAGCGCACUAGCACCGGCAGCUUCUUCACCGACGGCCGCGCGAAAAGGAAGUAUGCUCUCAAUCAGCUGCAACGAAGCCUCCGCCCCUGGCACUACACCGCCCACGUCGCCCAUCUCAAUCUCGACCCUGUCAGCUGAUCAGGCUGGCGCGAAGCCGAUUAGCACAGGUACUCCUUCAUCGGGGCGGAUGCGAUACUACAACAAUCCGUACUCUACUGAAAGCACCAAACUUUUUUGCUGA